GCGAAGCCUCCAGUAGAAAUAAUUUUACGGAUAAAUGGCCGCUGCUCAAGUUAACAGGAUGAAAAUAUUGAGCCUGUACAGAGAAAUGCUACGGGAAGCACAGAAAUUCACUGGAUAUAAUUACAGGACGUAUGCAGUGAGGAGGAUACGAGAUGCCUUUCAAGAACACAAGGCAGAAACAAAUCCAGAGCUUAUAGAAGGAUACAUCAAGAAGGCUGAGGAUAAUUUGAACAUUAUCAGAAGACAGGCCACCAUCAGCCAACUUUACAGGGAACCUAAGCUGGUUAUUGAAAGUGAUUCAGUGAAGACAAGCUAACCAAAGAAAGUGUCAACUUAUGGACAGUUUCCUAUGCAAAUAAGAAGGAUGAUGUAAGUGACUGUAUCUGAGGAUUUGGGAAGCAAACUCUUGUUUCCCAGAUUUUACAUGUCUCUUCUGAUGAAGAACUUGUUUCCUAUUUUAAUCAGAGGGAGAGGAUACCAGAUGAAAGAAUGAUUGCAUCAUUGCAGCUAUGGAAUAGAAUGAGAUGGAGACAAAUAUUUUAUGAAUUUUUAGUUUGAGGUGUGCUUGUUCCUAAGCUCAUAAUGUGUACAUGUGUCAUGUGCAUGUUACAUGCCAUCAAUUUAUAACAUGCUGGCAUAUCAUUUAAAAGGGGGGUGGUUCAAAACAAGGUAAGUGAAUAGAAAAAAAAAUAUUCAAAGGAUUUUUGAUGAUGAACAUCAAAAUUUUGAAAUGACACUUGUCAUCAAAAGUAAAAAUGAAAAGGUUGUCAUUUGACCCAGAUGCUGUUUUUCCCAGAUUUGCCAUUAGAUAGGUACUUGUUUAUUGUUUAAACUUUGAGAACAUUAAAAUAGGUGAAAGUGGAAUGUAUUGUCAAAAAAUAUCUUUACUCAAGAUUUUACUUUUUUCUAAAGGCAAAUGUUUCAGUAUAUGGCUGUAUUUAAGCAGCUAAGCAUAUGUCUAUGGUCAUAAUAUAGAAUUAAGAAUCCUUUCAAAACAAAAUCAUGAAAUGCUGGAAUUAGUGUAUUUGGAUAAUUAUUUUGAAGAUUCUAGGUAGCUAAAAUUCACUUGAACAAUGGAGAUUCAAUCCUUCGUGAAUGAAGUCAUAUAGCCUGAUCUUGUUUUGGCAUGCACUUCAUCAGAUUUAAACUAUAAUUCCUAUUUCAAACUUUGGACCUACAUAGUCAAAUUAUGCAGAAGUGUGGCAGUGUCGAGACUUGAAUGUGGGAGGAUCAACAUCGUCCCACAAUUGGUCACACUGAGUGUGUGUUGAGUGUUGUAUCAGAUUUUUGAUGUAUUAUUUUUGAUUCAUGAUAUCAGUUUAAAGGUGCAAGAUCCUGGCGCUGUUGGACAAAAUGUGUACUCACCGCCAUCUUCAUUACGAAGAUCAUCAACAAAAUUUUGCAUGCAGCUGUCAAUGGCCAGCCAGUCGCGCAGCACAUGCACACAGUACACAUACGCUAUGCUGCAUUUGGCUA